UAAUACUGCUUUCAUGGAGUCAAAUAGUGUAGGGAGUUGGUCUAGACAUCAAAUGAAGCUAUCGCCUUCUGCCUCCAAUGGUUCUCCAGUUGCCCAUAGGGGUGUCACAGGUAUUAGCAAUGUUGUUUCCCCAUUUGAGAACACCACCAUGUCAUUUGCUCCGAGGUCUGACGAGGAUUCUUCUAGAUUGCACGUCUUCUGUCUUCAGCAUGCUGCAGAAGUAGAACAGCGACUUCGUCCAAUUGGUGGAGCUCAUAUAUUACUCCUUUGUCAUCCAGACUAUCCAGAACUAGAGGCCGAAGCAAAAUUAGUGGCAGAAGAACUGGGAAUUGAUUAUUUCUGGAAUGAUAUUGCAAUCAGGGAUGCCAAUAAAGAAGAUGAAGAGAGGAUACAAUUAGCUCUAGAAAGUGAAGAAGCCAUGCAUGGGAAUGGAGACUGGGCUGUUAAGUUAGGUAUCAAUCUCUUCUACAGUGUCAACCUAAGCCGCUCUCCUCUCUACAGUAAGCAGAUUCCAUACAACAGUAUUAUAUAUAAAGCGUUUGGACGUCUAACAAAACUGAAGGUUCAUGGGAAGGGUUUUGGCAAACAGAAAAAAAUAGUUGUGGCAGGAAAAUGGUGUGGGAAAGUCUGGAUGUCAAAUCAGGUUCAUCCUUUGUUAGCAGAAAAAGAUGCUGAAGAGGAGGAAGAAGAGGAAGAAGAAGAGAGAAGUUUUCAUGCUCGAGCAAAACCUGAUGUGAAGCGUGAGAGAUUGUCAGAAAGCACCCACAGUGCUGAAACAACCUCUGUAACUAGGAAGACUGGAAAGAAGAGGAAGAAUAAAACAGAAGGUGCGGCAUUCAAGAAAGCUAAAUUCCCAAAAAUAGAGGAUUCGGGUGUAGCUUCAGAUGGUUCACCCGAGGAGGGUUAUCAGAAGCGAACGAGAAAUCUUAGAAACAAACAAGUGAAAACAGAGACCCCUCGUCCUCAGAGAAGUUCUAACAGCAACACAAGAAAGUUCGAUUCUUGCGUUGAGGAUGAGCUGGAUGGUGGACCUAGCACACGGCUGAGGAAAAGAACCACGAAGCCUGCAAAAGAGUUGGUAGAGAAACCAAUUGAAUCCAAGCCAGUAUUAAAGAAGCCAACAAAUAGUAAGAAAGCAAAGAAACCUCCAGCUGUGAAGGCUACAACUUCCCACAGCAAUGUGAAGGUAAGAGACGUAGAAGGCGAAUACCCAUGUGAUGUUGAGGGUUGCACAAUGAGUUUUGGGUCGAAACAAGAGCUUGUGCUGCACAAACGAAAUGUAUGUCCGGUGAAGGGGUGUGGAAAGAAGUUCUUCUCUCACAAGUAUUUGGUGCAGCACCGGCGUGUUCAUAUGGAUGACCGCCCAUUAAAGUGCCCUUGGAAAGGCUGCAAGAUGACAUUCAAAUGGGCAUGGGCUCGGACUGAACACAUUAGGGUUCACACGGGUGAGCGUCCAUAUGUUUGCUCUGAGUCAGGCUGUGGCCAGACGUUCCGGUUUGUUUCAGAUUUCAGCCGUCACAAGCGGAAGACAGGUCAUUUGGGAAAGAAGGGCAGGGGUUAAGACUCAAAAAGAAGGGAUGUAAUUUAACAAGGCUGAUGAAACUGUUGUUAAAUUGACAGGUGUAGGGGUAGGAUUAGGGUUAGAAUUUCCCUGUAAUUUUUUUUUCUCUUCACAUUACAGUUUCAUUUCUGUUUCGGCCUGGGGGUCUUGAUUGGGCCUAUUUAUUUUGUUCCAUCAGAGCAAUUGCUUGGAUCUUAAAAGGGGGUUCGUGUCAAAUUUGAUGCAAAUUGUACAAGCAAAAUUUGGUCUUAAAAUUGGAGUUGACUAUUACUUUUUUACAA